AUGUCGGUAGCGGUGCUGUUGGGCGCUCAAUGGGGCGACGAAGGCAAGGGAAAGAUCAUCGACUUCUUGAUAGACAAUGAGAAGGUAGGCUUAACGCUUAUUAGUGUUUGUUAGGUUUAGGUUGAAAUUUCGACACUUUCCUUGCCUAAUGGCAAGCUGAAGCAUCAGCAUGACAUGUAGAUAUUGUUUUUAGAUUGAUGUCACCGCCAGAUGUCAGGGUGGAAACAAUGCCGGUCAUACGGUUGUCGCGAACGGAAAAACAUAUGAUUUUCAUAUUCUUCCAUCUGGUGUUAUCAGUGACAAGUGUGUAAACAUUAUUGGAAAUGGGGUAGUUGUCAAUUUGGACGCGUUCUUCGAUGAAUUGGUCAAGAACAAGAUUCCUGAUCAGCCUGGAUGGGAGAAGCGGAUAUUCAUCUCGAAUCGAGCUCACAUUGUCUUUAGCGUUCAUCAACAGGUCGAUGGAAGACAGGAAGACACUUUGGAUACCAAGAGGUAAGAAUUAUGUAUAAAUUUGAUUUUGUUGGUUUGAAUUUUAGGUUAUAUUUUUAUUUUUUUACGUGUAGGCUUUACUAACGUUUUUAUAGUUAAACGACUUUAUCGACAUUGUUAUUGCUUAAAUAUGAAUAAAUUCUUUUGUUGUUUAUUAUAGAGACCAUAUAUAAGAAAUUUUGUUUUAGUAAGAUUGGCACGACAAACAAGGGUAUUGGGCCAACGUAUUCAAGCAAAUGCUUCCGAAAUGGCAUUCGAAUGUCUGACCUGAUGGGAGAUUUCGAGGAGUUUACAAAAAGGUAACGAUUCAUAUUAAUCUGGCUGGACGUUCUUUAGUCGUUGAUUUUAAUUUUAUGUUUUUUAAAAAUAUUUUCGGUAUUAUUAUACUAUAGUUAAUGUUUGUCUUCUAAUUUACUUGAUUAGGUUAUGUUUAAUGACAAUGUUUUCAGAUAUCGUGCUCUGGUUGCUCACUACAAGAAACAAUUUCAAAUUGAAAUUGACGAGACGGCCGAACUCGAAAAGUUUAAGGUAAUAAUUGUUUUACUGCAAUCGUAUUUCAAUAAACUGGUAUUUGAUAUUCUAUGUGUGUUUUUUAUGUUUUGUUUAUUAUUUUUGGAACGUUUUUGGAUUUUUGUCUAUUUUUUAAAUGCUUCACAUCUUUCGUUUUUUUAAAUUUUAUUGCAUGGCACAUGCCAAAUACAAAAUUCCACUGUUUACACUUGACCGUAUCACAUAUUUUUUUGUAGAAACACGCCGACAAACUCCACGAACUUGGUGUCGUAGUGGACACGGCUCACCUUCUCCACAAACUUCGUUCUGAAGGCAAGUCCGUGCUGGUUGAAGGCGCGAAUGGUGCUCUAUUGGACAUUGACUUUGGCACCUAUCCCUAUGUCACUUCGUCGAACGCUACGGUGGGUGGAGCUUGCACUGGCCUCGGAUUGCCGCCAACUUCAGUCAAACGGGUACUUGGCGUGGUGAAAGCGUACCAGACGAGAGUUGGUACCGGGCCAUUCCCUACGGAACAACUGAAUGAAAUCGGCGACAAAUUGCAGAGAAUCGGAAGAGAGGUGGGUGUAACGACUGGUCGAAAGCGUCGCUGUGGAUGGUUGGACUUGUUUUUGUUGAAGAACUCUCAAAUUGUUAAUGGUUUUACAGAGUAAGUGGUGAUUUUUGGUAAGAAUGAUUAAUGUUUUUAGUUUUGAAAGGUUAAAGGUAAAAUUCUUUAGAUUUUGGUAAGCUUUUGAUAAUAAUGUGGUUUUAGGUACGCUUUAACAAAGCUCGAUAUCUUGGACGAUUUUGAUGAAAUAAAGGUUGGUGUUGGAUACAAAUUGAAUGGAAAUGCCUUGACUACUCCACCAGGUACCGAAUUAUAGUUUUCAUUAGCUUAAGGGUGGCUCUGUUAGUUUAUGUAUCAUUUUUUAAAUUUUUUGGGUUUAAUAUAACUGCAUGGGGCAGUUGUUUCUAUAUAAUUGAGCUACUGACUGGCUGGUCGAAAUUUGUGAGCUGUAUCGUAAAGUGACGUCAAUAUUGUUUUAAUCAUAUGACGCUUUUUUCUCACUGUAAUUUGCUGAAAAUUUAUCGUUUGUUUUACAUAACUAUCUAGAUGGCCCUCUAAUUAUGACAUUUUAAUUUCAGCCCGAGCGGCCGACUGGGAGAUUGUCGAAGUGGAAUACACGGCCCUGCCCGGCUGGAAAACCCCCACUGUGAACGCGCGCAAGUUUGAGGAACUGCCAGAAAAGUGCCGUGAAUACGUGCAGUUCAUCGAGAAGUUCGUCGGUGUUCCAAUCAAAUUCAUUGGCGUUGGUCCAUCUCGCGAAGCUCUUCUCGUCCGGGAUUGA